AUGGCGUCGGGUACCAGUACCAUUAGAAUUGGCUAUGUUCCUGAGCACUAUCUCGCUCCCCUACACCUUGCUGUUCACAGCCCAGGGGCUUUCUCUUUACCAUUCAAAAUCUCCUUAACACCUUUCCCGUCUGGAACUGGGCAUAUGAUAACUUCCUUGCGGCAGAAUGAAAUAGACGUUGCCAUUGGCUUGACGGAGGGCUGGGUUGCAGGUCUAGUAGGCAAAACGCAGCUGGAAACGGGGGGAAAAGACGGUGGAUAUAAAAUUGCUGGUCAAUGGGUUGAAACUCCUUUGAGAUGGGCAAUUGUGACAGGCCGUGAUAGAAAUGAGAUUCAAGGCGUCAGCGACCUCAAGGGAGGGCGUGUUGGAGUGUCUCGCCUGGGAAGUGGCUCCCAUAUUAUGUCCUUCGUUUUAGCUCAACAGCAGAACUGGCCGCUCUCUUCACCCCUUACACCAACCAUUCUAGGCCCAUUCCCUUCCCUGCUAGACGGGGUAACUGGUCAUAACCAUCAAGAACCAGAUGCUAAACCAAACCCCUCCGCAGACUUCUUCAUGUGGGAGCAGUUUACUACAAAGCCGUUUUUCGAGCACACUACUUCAUUCCCCAAACCACCACUGAAAAAGAUUGGAGAGAUCUUUACCCCUUGGCCCUCAUGGCAGAUCGCAACCUCAACCUCUACAUUCCCAUCCCCAGAGUCAGAUACCCGACUUUCACAGCUGUUCAACCUUCUGGACUCUGGCAUCUCUACAUUCAGAGCCGACCCAGAGAAAGUUAUUCAACAACUCGUAACCGGCGAUUUUGGCUGUACUUAUACAGAGCCAGAUGCUAAGGAGUGGCUCAAGGAUGUACGAUUUGUGAAAGGAAGUACUAGAGGGGUUGAUAAAGGUAUGAUUGAGAGUGUUGUCAACGUGCUGAAAUCGGCUGGUGUGGUUCCACAAGAGAUUAGCAACGAUGAAGCAGUGGACAGGGUAAUUGGUAUCCCAGCUAGCCAGUAA